AUGCUGGAGAGGCGCGGCGUGGAGGUGGCGAACAUCGACCGGUGCGCGACGACGUUGGCUUUAACUCUGGACAGAAUCGGGGAUCAGGCUCUGCGCUGCGACGGCGCGCGCGUCCGCGAGAGGGCGCGUGGGAAGGACGCCGAGGGCGUCUUCCGUUCUCGGCGUCUGCUGGCGCGCCCUCCUGGUCUGUGCCGCAUGAUCGCCCUGUGCGUCGUGCGGGCGGCGAUGGGGAUGCUCAGCGCUGGACGCGGGCCCAGAGGUUGGCCCGGGACAGGAUGGGAGAAGCCCCGUCAUUCGAAGUGGGCGCGCGAGAAGGACGCGGAGGGCCUCGACGUGCUGAAUGAGCUCUGCCGCCAGGGUGGCAGCGACGCGUUUGGGGAGCGCCAGGUCUUCGCGGAGAUGGCGCCGAAGGGCGUGAUCAGAGUCAAUGGGCAGUGGGUCAAGGGCCCGUCGGAGGAGACGGGGGCGGUUCCGCCGCUGCCAGCGAUUCCUGUCGCGCCUAGCAGCUGGAUGGCAGUGAGUGCGCCAGUCUCAAGGGCCACGUCAAGGUCGGCGUCGCCAGGGGCAGUCUCAAUGGUGCUCGCGCCGCCCAAGAGCAAGUCCCCUGGAGUACAUCCGCCGCCCGCGACACUCUCAGCAGUGCCCGCGGACGAGGCUGGCACCCCCCUGCCGCGCACGGUGCCUUUCUCGCCCCAGCUACAGAGACCUCAGCAGCAGCAGCGAGUUCAGAAGGUCAGUUACAUAAAGAUGGCUGCCAACUGCAGUGAGAUCCUGCGGCCUUGGUUCGGCCCUUGCUUCUUUCCCGCCAUCAUCCUCGGGGUGAUCUGUGUCUCCAUACUGUCGGCUGUCUUUUCCCGCGUGUCCAGGAGCGCCGAGGCAGCGGAGUCCUUGGUCGAGGAUGUGGCAGGGGCUGGAGGUGCAGUGGCUUUGGCGGCCCGAAGCCUUACGUUGGCCGUCGGUGGGGCGGCUUUGUCUCUUGCAAGGAAUGCAGCAUCUCUGGUCGACGGGGCUUGGUCGGGCAUCGAUCUACUGGGGUGCAGGCUCAACGUGACCGGGGGCCGCUUUGUCGUGGACAUCGGGGCCCGCUCUCGCCCAUGCAUGAUGGAGGAGCUCGAGCGGGGACUUCUGGCGGUGCCUGAGACUCUGGCUGUGGAGCUGUGGGGCUCCAUCCAGGCAGUGUCUCCCAGAGCGCCGUCGGCGGCCAGGACCUCGGCUCAGUUCGAUUUCUCUGAGAGCUUUUUCAUCUGGGAUUGGGAGGUUAUGCGAGUGGCAAAGGAGAUCCUGGCCAUCCGUUUCUAUUUCGCGAGACUGGGUUUUGAUCGGCAAUGGGCUAACCUGUUACGGUCACUGACUGGUGCCGACCCUGGUAAAGAGCUCGAGCGCAUCACAGCCCGAGUCAGAGAUGCUAUCGAGUCUGCCGUGGACGCGACGGCCGUGAGAUCGCCGCUCAAGGCGCAGAUGGUCAACAAAGGCGGCUUCAACAAGAUCUACAUCCGCCGCCGAGCGGAUGAAGUGCACACCUGGGUCAUCUCGACGUCUCCGUACUCGGACGCGAGCGGCGAUCACCUGUACAAGAGGGAGUGUGACAGCAGGGAUCAGAUCACCCCGCCUCUCUUCUGCUGGACGCCGUGCACGACGAGCGAUGGCGUGCCGGGGGGUCGCGCGACCAAGCUUCUCCAAGGUUCGCCAAAGCUCAAGUACCACUACGGCCCGCUGUCGGACAUCAACUGGGACUGCGAGCCCCCGCAGCCGGGGCAGUCGGACGAGUCCCACGGGAGGCCCCCCCGGCCGACGGGCGUCAGCUCGAGUCUCGUCGUGUGCGCCAUCGGCGCGAACAACAUCCCCACGACCCGCGCGCGCCAGUUUCACGUCGCCUGCCAGGUGCCUGGCAAGCACGAGAUCAUCGAGUCCGUGCCAGUGCCCGCUUGUCAGGAUCCGGAGUUCAAGCUGAAGACCCCCCUGCAGAGCUGGAAGCGCCCCGACAGUCUGCAGUUCACCCUCUUUGCCGAGCGCAACAUCAAGAUCGGUGCGGCCGAGCUGCAGUAUGAGUACUUCGCCGAGAGCGGCUUCGUCGGAGAACUUCCCGUGACGCUGUUCGGUAGCGACAGCCAAGAAGUCACGCUCGACGUCUGCGUCACCAUGCCAGGGCAGCCGACACCAGGCAUUGACGUCGAAAUUCAAAUGACUGGCAACUCGAAAAUCGGCAUCGAGAUCGCUCCUGACACGAUGAACAAUUGCCUGGUCGUAAACUCCAUUUUGGAAGCAGGGCUCAUCGCACAGUGGAAUUACGAUAAUCCUGAUCAGACAAUCCGUAUUCGCGACAAGAUCGUCGAGAUCGACGGGGCGUCGGGCUCGUGCAGGGCCAUGCUGAUGAAGUUGACCAGGGAAGAGCCGAGGUCAAUCACGAUGCGGGUUCAGCGUGCAGGUACUUAA